AGUCAGCGGCAGCAAGUCGAUCACCCUUAUGCCAGCAUAGUGGUUUCUCCCUCUUCUAUCUAGGAGGUUUUACCCGACUCCCAAGCACAGGACACACAUUGCUGGGGAACAUGAACCAGGAAUUUACGCAUUCGGGCCCAAAAGGCGAAACCUAGCACACCGUUGUUGCCCACGAGUGGUGUUUACGGGUGGUAAAUAGUUUCCUUCAGCGAACCUAUUUGGAAGGAAUACUUUGUGGAAAAAUCGUGUAUUUUAAUGUGAAAACUUGGAAUCAAAAUGAAGUGAUUCGUUGCAAUUUCAGAAAGAAAAAUGGAUAUAACAAGUGCAAUUAUCGUGCAAUAGAGUUUUGGGCGGGAUUUAUUAGUGACGAAGGGGACAAAAAUCAGAUUGGCCCUUAAAAAAUGGGUCAUUCGGAAGUGAAACAUUACUCAACGAAACAACGUACAACUAGUAGUAACCCGACAUGGACAUGGAAUUGCAUUUCGAUGCGGAUACGCACAAAUUUGUUCCUGCUGCUGAUUGGGAUAGCCUCCGUUUCGGUUCUGAACCACACCGAGGCCGGGUUUGCCUGUCUCAGCAACCCGUGCAUCUACGGAGUGUGCAUCGAUGAUUUGAAUAGUACCUACUCGUGCUACUGCAUAGAUGGCUACACCGGAAUACACUGCCAAACCAACUGGGACGAAUGUUGGUCGAACCCUUGCCGCAAUGGGGGCACGUGUAUCGACGGAAUUGCAACGUACAACUGCACGUGUCGAGAUGGAUUUAUAGGGCUCAACUGCGAGGAGAACUUCAACGAAUGUCUUUCGAACCCGUGCCAAAACGGAGGAAGCUGCUUCGAUCAGGACAAUGCGUUUGUCUGUACCUGUGCUCCCGGAUAUGUUGGAGUGUUCUGCGAAACGGACGUGGCUGUGUGCGAGACGGGGGAUCGGUGCCAAAACGGCGGCGAAUGCAUAGAAGGACCGGGCCUGGAGUUUUCCUGUCAGUGCGUCGAAGGCUACGGCGGCAAGUUCUGCGACGAGGAAACCGACGAAUGUGAAUCAUCUCCCUGUCAGAAUGGCGGAAUCUGUAUCGAUCGGUUUGCUAGCUACACCUGUGCGUGUACGAUGGGUUUCAGUGGAGCUAACUGCGAAGAAGAGAUUAUGUACUGUGAGAGUUCUCCGUGUGCCAAUCAGGCGUUGUGUUUGGUAGAAGAAAGCGAACCAAUCUGCUACUGUGUGCCGGACUUCCAUGGGGAACGAUGCGAGUACCAGUACGAUGAGUGCCAACUUGGACCGUAUCCCAAAUGUGUCAACGGAGGAACUUGCAUAGACGGAGUGGAUGAAUAUUCCUGUUCUUGUCCACCUUCGUUCACUGGAACGAACUGCGAAUGUUUGGUAUUGGAGGAUACGCAAGUGGAUUGUAACUAUACGGCGCCAGAGAUGACCACUUUGGAAUACGCUACGACAAGUGCUUGGUUCGACUCCAGCUUCAGCACUAGAUAUUCGUUCAGUGCUGAAACUGAUUCUGAUAUCUUACCUGGGACUUGGCGCCCAACGGGUACUGCGAAAUCAACUAGUACGACCUUAUAUGUGUCAAACGCAUCGGUAACAUCUCCUCAACCAGAUUUGAUGAACGUUACAUACACGAUAACAGGUGGAUUGCCAUUCUCGACGGGAUCUACGACUGUGGAAACAGUAACAUUAAUUGAAGAUACUAGCAAGCGUACGAUAGAACCAACAGUUUAUCAAUACUCAACUAAAGCUAUAAGUGAUGGUGAAGUCUUAAUAAAGGAAUUUUCUGUCAGUCCGGAAAUGGGAUUUACCACAGACGUUGAAACAGGAUCGUUCACAACAUCUAAAAUACAAGUGGGCAGCACACCCGACCAAGGGCUGCCUACAACUCUAUCGAUUGAAGACCAGAAAACAUCUGGGUCACCAGACGAAGGUGGACCAGUUACUUCAGGAGUUACUGGAGACGUUUAUACAACACUUGGCGAAAAUGUGGAUGUUGCUACCAAACCUGGAGAAACCACUUCUCGGGUAGCAUCCACGGAAUCGGUAGACUACACUGAAUCUGUAGACAAGUCUACGGAAAGUACGCCAAUAGUUGUAACCGUGAGACCCAUCGAAGAACCAAGGACAUCGUCGUCUACGGAUACGAUAGAUGCAGAAAAGUCUGCUUCCACAGCACCAACCGACAUUCCAUCGGUAGAUGUUACGAUAACUCCGUUCUUCACGGAAACACCGGGUAACAUUUCCACAGCAGUUCCACCAGAUGAACGAACAACCAAGUUUACUUCUUCCAUGACAUCUUCGUACGAUACGGUUUCCUAUGGUCCAUCAAGUUCCACUGACUUUUCGUCUUCCCCUAUUACAACUACUAGUACAACUACGACCACCGUACCUCCGAGACCAACCGACACGAUAAUCACCGAGUGCGACGACAAAGUGUGUGCCAACGGUGGAACCUGUGCCAUGACCCCCAGUGGAAUCAAGUGCCAUUGCGAUUUCCGCUACAUCGGAACGUACUGUGACAUCCCCGUGAGCAUUCAGAAUGCCGCCUUCUCGCGAGACUCAUUCCUGCGCCAUAUCAUCUACCGGCGGAACGAGAGUGAGUUCCAAAACAUGACCACCGCCCAAAUGCUACCGAUUAGUGUUCGGUUCAAGGCAAAGAUGACUUCUCGGGAAGGGCUGAUCAUGCUUGCCGCUGCCGAGGGAAACGAUGGUAGUCACUAUGUGGCGCUUUUCCUUCACAAGGGCCUGCUACAGUUUCAGUUCUCGUGCGGACUUCAGACGAUGCUGUUGAGCGAAAUCGAAGGACCGGUGAACAACGGGUAUGAGCUGAAUAUCAAAGUAGGAUUGAACUUCAACGAUCGUCUCUCGCACUGCAAUGCAUCGCUACAUGUGAAUGAUACGCUAGCCAUGAGCGGUGAACAGCCUACAUGGCUUACGAGUAUGGGCCCAUACGAAGAACCUAGCACUGCAGUCGUCCCUAUUAAACACAGCUGGUUACAUUUGGGUGGACGACCGAUCAAAACCAUGUACACUUUGAGUCAUAACAUCUCCCGUUAUCAAGGGUUUACCGGUUGCGUUUACGAGUUGGAAAUCAACCGUAAGCCGAUUGCAGUUUUUGAAAACGCCGAAGAUGCCUUCAAAAUCUACGAGUGCACCUCACUGGCAUGUCUGUCAAGCCCUUGCCGGAACGGAGCCAUCUGUGUCGAAGAGGAAGGCUCCAGCAACAUGGAAAGUCGUUACAAGCCGAACAGCCAGGCCACUUGGAGUUGCAAGUGUGCCUUCGGGUACAUGGGAAGAACUUGUGAACGCUCCAUUUGCGACAACAAUCCGUGCAAACACGGAGGAACGUGCGUGACGUUCCCGGAGAGUGGCUACCUUUGCCUGUGUCCCUACGGCAAGCACGGUCACCUGUGCGAGCAUGACCUGGAUAUCCUGCAACCGUCGUUCUUCGGAAGCAUCAAGGGACUGUCGUCGUACGUGGCGUACCCUCUCUCGUUCCCGCUGGAGGACCGUUUCGAGUUCAGUUUCAAAAUCAUCCCGACUACGCUGUCGCAGAUAUCGCUGCUGGCUUUUGUGGGACAGUUGGACGACCACUCCGAGAAAAGUGACCAUUUCUCGGUUAGUUUCAUUCAAGGAUUCAUUCUGGUCACGUGGAAUCUGGGCAGCGGUCCCCGGCGAAUCUUCACUCAGCAGCCAGUAUCCAUUCAACCUUCUCGACCCACCACCAUCAACGUGGGCAGAAGCGGACGGCUGGCGUGGCUUUCGAUCGACGGAAAGGUCAACAUAUCGGGAAAUUCGCCGGGCAGCAGCAGCAAACUGAACGUCUCGCCCUAUCUGUUCAUUGGCGGUCACGAGCAGGCAAACUUCUCGAACCUUCCGCAUGAUCUACCGUUGCACUCCGGAUUCCAAGGAUGCCUGUUUGAUAUCCACAUUGUCGCUGGACCGGUUCACAUUCCCCUGCAGCAUAUCGGAGGAAUGCGGGGACGAAGCGUUGGACAAUGUGGGACCAAGGAAUGUCAUCGACACGCGUGUCAGAACAACGGAGCCUGUCUGCAGCAUGGAUCUACGUUCACGUGCAUCUGCCAAGAGGACUGGAACGGCUUGUUAUGUUCACAGAAAACUAAUCCUUGUGAUGAGAGCAACAAGUGUGCCGUGGAUUCGAGCUGCUUCCCACUGAUCUCUGGCUACGAAUGUGAUUGUCCGUUUGGGAAGAUUGGGAAACGCUGUGAAGCUAAUCUCAAAUACCUCAGCGAUGUUUCUUUUUCUGGAAGACGGUCCUACUUGGCCGUCAAAUGGCCGUCAGUCAACAGUGAUUACUCCUACCUAGAGAAUGAAGUUCGGUAUGAGAAGAUAGUUCAACCGUCGAGUUUGAUGUCACAGAAUCAUUCGAUAUUGCUUAAGUCCAUAAGAGAGCUGGACAAAAUCAACGACGUUCUCAAGAUCAACGCAAACGAUACAGCGAACAACCUGCUCUACAGCCACGUCCUGACAACUCGAUCGCAGAACUAUCAUCAGCUGAAGAUUCGUUACCUCUCGAUUGAACUGCAGGUUCGACCGCUUUCAGAAAAGGGUUUACUCAUGUUUGUAAGAACGUACGAUUCCAACGAACAGAAGCAGGGAUUCAUCAGUCUCAGCCUACAGGGCGGCGUAAUCGAGUACCGAGUAUCUUCGGCUCAGAUGCAGACUUCCGUAGUUCGAAGCAAUCAUGUCCUGGCGAUCGGCGAAUGGCAUAACAUCACAAUUAUCAAAUAUGGCAAGCGAUUGACUCUUUGGGUCGAAGGCAAGAGCACAUCGAUGCUUGGUUCGGUUCGUGAAGAGUUCAUCAACCCGAAUACAAGACUGUACUUUGGUGGUUUGACAGACUUAUCGGAACUUCCGUUUGAUGCCAUUUCCGGAUUUCCCAUCCCAUUCAGAGGGUGCAUCCGAAAUGUUAACCUUAACGGAACUCGUAUCACGCUGAACGAAAGCAGUAUUGUAGAGGCAAGAAAUGUGAACGAUUGCGACGGUACGCCUUGCGGAGGCGAUCUCUGUACCAAGGGAGGCCUUUGUUGGCUGGACGAACAUUCGCAACCACACUGCAAAUGUCCGGAGUACUCUAAAGGGAUAAACUGUGAAAUUCAAGAAUCAUGCGAGAUAGUCAAGUGCCGCAACAAUGGACAGUGUUUGAAGAAUGGCCGCUGUAGUUGCGCGAUUGGAUGGACUGGGUACUAUUGCGAAAUAGCCACCACGAAAUUCUCCGCUUUGGGCUUCAACGAUCGCAGCUACAUUCUAAUACCGUCGCAAAAGAUCAAGAUGAAGGACAAACGAAACGGCGAAUCGACCAACUUGAGUCCUCGUUUAGAAUUACAGAUAUCGUUCAACAUAUCCACCCUGGAUGACGGGGUCGUCUUCUGGACUGUCGAUAAAAACUCCCGAUAUUUCGGAAUUGGCGUUCGGAAUGGGUUCAUCACCGUGGCGAGCAAUAUGGUGCAGGAAGCGGAGAAUUUGACGGCCAUUUCAAACCCCUGGAAGGCUUUUGUUGCUGAUGGAGAUUGGCACAAUGUGAGAAUCGAUACGGAGAACGGAACCGUACAAGUACUGGUCAACGGUCAUCCACUGUUCACCGAUUUGAGAAUCAGAUCGGACACGUCCGAUACUGAGCCUGGAUUGAGAUAUACUUCCGAUGAAGCCUCGUAUUUGGGUGGAUUUCCCGACGACGAUAUUCACAAUCGAACGUUUGGAAAGUUUGCUAGUGCUUUCAGUGGAUGCAUCCAGGAUAUUUAUCUGGGGAGUAACAACGACGAAGUGGAUUACACAUCGUACCAAGGAGCAAACAUUGACGAGUGUGAAAUUUAGAGCAAGCCUAAUUAGUUGACUAACAUAUCCCUCCAUUAGUGUAGGCAUUAGUUCUCUAUUCGGUAGCAAAUUAUUCUACAUCAUGAUGUACUGUAACUAGUUUCAUAUGCACAUUGAAGAUCGAAGCGCGGUGGGCUUCGAAACUGUCCUACGUAUAGAUAUAUUACCAGCAUCGCAUUUCAUGGUUCGGAGUAUUAACCAUUUCGGAAACUAACACAUAACUAAUUUGUACUAUCGUACGAGCGAGGAUUCGUUUGUAAAAUACAUGACUAAAAUAAAUAGAAAUCGGGAAAAGUUAA